AUGGAUCUGUUCAUGAAGUGUAUGGAGCCUGUUGAGAAGUGUUUCAGUGACUCUAAAAUGGAUAAGAGUAAAAUCGAUGAUGUCGUUCUUGUUGGUGGCUCUACUCGAAUCCCGAAAGUUCAGCAAUUGCUUCAAGAGCUCUUCAAUGGUAAAGAGCUAUGCAAGUCUAUUAACCCCGAUGAGGCUGUUGCAUACGGUGCAGCUGUCCAAGCCGCAAUUCUAAGCGGUGGAGGAAACGAAAUGAUCCAAGAUGUUCUCUUGAUCGAUGUCACAUCUCUCUCUCUCGGUAUUGAAAUCGUUGGUGAAGUCAUGUCCACUGUGAUCCAGAGAAACACUACAAUCCCAACCAGGAAGGAAAGAGACUAA